AUGGCACCAUCGGCGAUCUCGGAGGUCCCGCCCAGCGUCCUUCCGACCAAGGUAAAGGACCAAGUCCAGCAGUCAGAUGCCGGUGUCCCCAUGAGAGACGGUCUGGACAAGACGCCCCUGGAGGCAAUCUCUCAUGGCACUGCUUUGCCUGGUAUCCCGACCUUCUCUAGCUUUGUCGAGGAGCGCAAGCACAUCCUGACACACAUGGCGGCAACAUUCCGGUUCGUGGCGCGACAGGGCUUCACCGAGGGCAUGGCGGGCCACAUUUCGGUACGAGACCCGGAACAUGAGCACCUCAUGUGGAUGAACCCCUUGGGAAGACACUUUGGUAUGAUGACGGCAGGCGACCUCAUCUGCCUGGAUAUCAACACGGGACGCAUUGUCGGGGGCAACACGAGCCGGCCGGCCAAUGCCGCGGGCUUCCUCAUCCACAGCGCCGUCCACAAGCGCCGCCCGCACGACAUCCACGCCAUCUGCCACUUCCACAGCAUUGCCGGCCGCGCCUGGUCGGCUUUUGCCCGACCCCUCGACAUGCUGAGCCAGGACAUUUGCAACUUUCACAACGCGCACGCCGUCUACGCCGACUAUGGCGGCAUCGUCUUUGGCAACACCGAGGGCGAGCGCAUCGCCGACGCCCUGGGCCAGCACAACAAGGGCGCCAUACUGAUGAACCACGGACUCAUCACGGUCGGCUGGACCGUCGACGAGGCCGGCUUCAUGUUUGGCUUGCUCGACCGGGGCUGCCAGAUCCAGCUGCAGGUCGAGGCCGCGGCCGCGUCCGGCCUCAAGAAGAACAUCAUCUCGGACGAGGAGGCGGCUUACAACUUUACCAUGGCGAGCGAGAAGAACGCCCUCUACCGUGAGGCCCAGCCGGAUCUCGAGUACGAGUUCAUGAUGGCCGGCGGCGAGGAGGUGGUUGCCAAGGGCUUUGAGGCAUUGUCACCGCUCCAGCUAUAG